UUUACUUGCAAGCCACAAUUCUCAUGCUUAGCUUAGCUUGCAUUAUUCCCUUGGCGUGCUUAUAUGCACAAUUAUGCGACCAUUUCUGGCAUUUGCCCUUCAAGCUUUCCCCAGCCCCACACGUUAAAUCCUUUCGCCCAACUACCUAAAUUAUUAAUAAACCUUCAAUUCUCCAAAUCCCAAUCAAGAAAACGCAUAUAAAUACUCAUUCAAACACAUACCUUUAACAUAUUCAGUUAAUUGUUCAAUAUGUCAACAAGGGGUUCUUGGCAAAGCUUUCUUCAACUACUUCAUCGUUACAGAUACACCUCCACCUAUAAUUCUCCAUGGCAUCUUCCGGCCGGCCGUGUUACAGUCGCUAAUCUUGGACAUGGCUUCUCAAUGCAUCAGACUCAGGGUCUCCAUUUGAUCAGCAAUGGCAACGGUGGAGCAUGGAGAAAACUUGAUGCUAACAUGUUGAAGAAUGAUAUAGACAAGGUUAAACCAGCACCAGCAACACCCCCACCUCCAAGGUUUAACUUCGCCCUCUGGGCAAAAUGGAUUUUGGAAUCUAUACUAUCUCUCUUGAUACCUUUCUGGAAACAAAAAUGGGAGAAGCUCCAAAAAAUUGAAGGAGAGGCAGACAUGGUGGUUGAGGGGAUAAAAAAUGUAGCAGAGGUAGUAGAAAAGGUGGCAGACAAAGUAUCAACACAAAUGGCAGAUAAGCUUCACGAUCAUACAAAACUCCAAGAAGCUGCAUUGUUGGUUGAACGUGUUUCCAAAGCAACUGCUCAGGAUGCCGAACCAACCAUUAAUUUCAUUCACAAGAUUAAGUACAGGUCAAUGCAUUGAAGGAAGACCUUGAUGACUUGGAGACAAUGGUUGAGCCAAUUGUUGAUAAGAUCGUUAAGCAUGAAUCCGAAGGAAAGUAAUAUAUAUAGGCAAUUCCUAUUGUGCAUGUAAAGCUGACGGAACGUAUGUUAUCAUGGACUUCAUUGAUUUUACUCAAGCCUAUCGAAUUUACAUCUUGAUGAAUAAUUUCUUUUAAGAUCAUAGAUGAUCAACUUUUUUAAUUUUAA